GGUUUAUCUCAUUUACUGUAGUAGUGUGAAGUUCAGUGUGUUGGUGGUGAAGUCGUGUUCACUCCAGACAUUCUAAAGAUGAAGCUACUUUUGAUAUUUUUCACGCUAUCAUGCAUUAAGGACACCAGUGCUCAGAUUAAGCAUGUAGAUAUUCAGUUAAGUGGAUGCACUGAAUCAGAUAAAGAGCAUGUGAGGGAACACGAUGAAGAGGAAAUGAUUCACUCAGAUUUUAAAAAACAAGCUCUGGUGGUGAAGUUACCCGACUUUGCAGACCCUAUACAGUGGCCUACUGCUUAUGAUUUCAGUGUCUCAGAGCAAGAAGGCUGCAAACACAACCUUGAUUUAGCAGUGAGUGUCUACAAAAACCCUCCAGAACCUCUGGACCCCCCCCAAAACUCCAUCUAUCCCAGAGAUAAUGUACGACUGGGUUCAGAAAGCACACUCAUCUGUCAUUCCGCACGUUUCUUCCCUCCUCCUGUCCGCAUCCGCUGGUCCAGAAACGGUGAAGACGUGACGGACAAAUCCACACUCAGUCAGUUCUACCCGAACGAGGACAACACCUACAACCAGUUCUCCCACCUGCCCUUCACCCCACAGGAAGGAGACAUUUACACCUGUACAGUGGAGCACAAGGCCCUGGGUACACCUGAUACCAGGACAUGGGAGGUGGAUGUUGAACUUCCCAGUGUGGGUCCGUCUGUGUUUUGUGGAGUUGGUCUGGCUGUAGGACUGCUCGGAGUCGCUACUGGAACUUUCUUCCUCGUUAAAGGAAACCAGUGUAACUGAAACUAGAACUCAGAAUCCUCUUUAGAAGUACUACAGUCUCACUAUAACUCCUGUAAAGUUUUUGAUCUGUAUCUAAUAAAAUGAUGAAAUGCAUAUCAGUGAAAAAUAAUAUUACAGCAUGUGUAAUAACUUAAACAGCUGAAUUAUCAGAUAAUCACAGCACUUAUACUGAUCUCAUACUUUUUUUUAAAUAUAUAUUGAGUACAUUUUUUAUUCAUUUAUUUUCUAUUCUUACAUGGGUCUUUAAAGUUAUUAUGGAAUCAGUGAAGCAGGCAGUGAAUCAUGAAACAAUUAAUAAAAACAAUCAAUAAAUCAAUAAAAAUGCGUCAAUAAUUUUUUCCAGAAUGUUUUAUUAAAGAAAAUGUUUAUGAUACUGGAUAAAUCAAUAAAGCAGUUUAAAAUGUC